AUGAUUGUGCACACACCAAAGUUCAGCAGGGACAGCAGCCCCUGUUGUUGUGGGUGGCCUUGGGUUAAUAUAGACAUUGCUUGUAUAGUGUUACUGGGAUCAGUCCUAGUCCUGUACAUGUUCUUUGGGGCUGCUGUCUUCUCGGCCUUGGAGAGACCAUCGGAGAUUGUAGCACACAAGAUAUGGGAAAAGAAAAUAGAUGACUUUGCGCAGGAGCACAGCGUGAGUCUGCAGGACCUACGUGUGCUGCUGAAGGACUAUGAGGAGGCUAAUAAUGCUGGGGUUUGGGUGCAAGGUGAGAGAACUUUCUGGAACUUUCCUGGAGCCUUGUGCUUUGUGGCAACUGUUAUAUCCACCAUCGGAUAUGGAAUGGCUGCACCUUCCACCACUUUUGGGAAGAUCUUCCUCAUUUUAUAUGGGCUGAUAGGAUGUGCAGCAGCCAUCCUCUUGUUCAACCUCUUUCUGGAACGUGUCGUCACUCUUAUAGCAUAUGUGCUGAGUAGAUGCCAUGAGCGCAAAUUGUGGCACAGUAGGCAGAGAGCUGGAUCUUCUCAUCACACCACGCAACCUAGUGGCACAGCAAGUGGGCAGGGGGGUUGGAAGCCUUCUGUUUACAUUGUAGCACUAAUUUUGGUGGCAGUUUGGUUUCUGGUAGCAUUUGCUGCAUCAGGAUUCUACUCUGCUGUAGAAGGUUGGAGCUACCUGGAAUCGAUGUAUUUCUGCUUUGUGACCUUCACCACUACGGGCUUCGGGGAUAUGGUGAGCGGACAACGAGAGCACUAUGAAGCAAACUGUUUUUACCAGAUUGCCAACAUCUUAGUAAUCUUUCUUGGUGUCUGCUGUACCUAUUCUCUCUUUAACCUCAUUGCUAUCAUGAUCAAAGCAAUGUUGAACUGGAUCUUGGGCAAGGUGCUGUGUUUGAAUUGCUGUUCAGGGACUAGUUCUAAGAAACACCAGCCUGUUCAGCUCUGCUGCACUUGCUUCAUGUGUCCUAAAGUUGAAGAAUCUUAUCCUCGACAGCUUCCAAUCGCUGCCGGCUGUUUCAGCCAACACUGGAGCUGCCAUGUGGUAAAGCGCAGCACAGAGAAAUGCAGAUGUGCUGGUUCUGCAUUACAGACUGUGUGCCAAAGUGAGGUGCAAGUCACAGAAAAAAAUGUUAUCUGGCAGCACAAGGUGUCAAUGGAUCAUGUUACAGAAAAUUCACAUCAUGUGACCAGUGGCUGUCAACGCUGUCAACAUAAAAGUCUACCUGAGGUGAUGGGAGGGAUAGCCAUGUUAAAUAACUACCUGCAAGAGACAAGCCGUAGUAGCUAA